UAAUGAUUGAAGAAGCUAAUGAAUAAAAUUCCCCAAUAAAAUUCCAUAAAAUACAAAAAAAACAGGGUUCAUAGAUUGAGGCAUAUUAUAUAAUGAGAGAAACAAAUCUAAAAUAUUUUAGAAACGAAUCACAUGCCAAGGCUAUGCUUAAUCUCAGACUUUUUAAUAUUCUCUAACCACAUGAAAUCAUUCUCCAUUAGAAUUAAAUUCUAAUUAUUAUGGAGGAUUGGAAACAAUAUCGUUUGAUUGAAAAUUAAUUGAAUCUCUAAAACAUUUAGAGUAUCCUCUUUUAGUUGGCAAUAAGUAAAAAAUCCAUAUUUAACUUAGCCUUAAAUGAAUUAAGUCAAAAAAACAUUAUUUGGAAUAUUUAAUCCAUCUAGUAAUUGUAUUUGAUUUAAGGCUGUGUUUUUCUUUAAUUAAUCGAUCUAGAAGAUUCACACUUUAAUAUGAAUAUUCCAAACAUUGAUAUUUUUAAAAGCUUCGUACGUAAAUACUUUCCUUAAUUUAAUUAAAUUCUAGACAUAUAAAUGGACAAUUUUGAAAAAAUAAUAAAAUAUUUGCUAUCUAUAAUUCAAGGUUUGAAAAUAAAUUAAUAAAGUCAUUAUGGAUUAAAUCAUUUUUUUUAAAUUAAGCAAAUAUCAUCUUCAUAAGGCAUGGAAGAUAUUUAUGCUGUUGAAUUCAACACACCAAAAAUAUUUGAAACUGUUUUCUAAAUUAAUUCAAAGACUCUCUUAUAUAGAUGCUAUGAUAUGUCUAGAAAUAAUAAAUAUUAAUUAUAAGAAUACUAAAAUAGAGAAAUUUUUAUAACAGAGAAAUUGUCCAACACUUCCCACAUUCUAGUUAACUUUUCUUAUAUAAGAUUAUUUAAUUAAGCUUUUUUUUUCUAAAAAAAAUUCAUCAUGACUCUUGCUGAUGCUGCAAGCUUACAAAAGACUCAAUAAAUUGAUAACCAUGUAUAUAAAAAGCUAGCCUAUAGAGCAUUAAAGGAAAUUAUUAAAGGUGAAUUAUUGAUUAUAUCUUCUAGGCAUUGAAAUAUUUCACUAAGAAAAGAUUAUGCAUAGAAAUAUCUCACCGUAAACAAUUUAUAUUGAUAAUGAACAAUUAAUUGAUGCACACUUUUACAUUGGAGAUUAGGAAAAGGCUAAGGAGGAAUUAAACAUUUUUUAAGGCACCUAAUAAAGUACUUCAUACUAAUUUGUCCCUCCAGAAAGUAUGGAAAAUAUAACAAUGAAAUCUGAUUUAUAUCAAUUUGGAUUAGUCGCUUUAUUUAUAUUAAAUAAAGGAACGAUUCUAUUUCCUUUCUUCCUUUUAGAUGCAGAAGAGAUUGAAUAAAAAUUUCAUCCUGAUUACAUUAAUAAUCAAUUAAAAAAAAAUAAACUUGAAUAUAACUUUGAACUUAUUUAAGUGAUUUCAGAAUGUCUGAAAUAAAAUCCAAAUUAAAGACCUGAGACAAUCGAAGUUUCAAAAAAGAUAUCCAAAAUAUAUAGAAAUUCAAAGAUCAAAAUUGUGUAUAUAUUUUUUUUUAUAUUUCAGCUCAAUGUCCAUUUUAACCUAGAAUUGAAAUUGAAAUUAAGUUAUAAAAAUGAUUAAUCUAAUAAAUUUAAGUAAAUAUUACAAAAUUUCAAUAAUUUAUCUCUACAAAGAUAUUAAAUCACUAUCAAAAAUUCUUAAUUUCAUAUAUAUAUAUAAUCAUAUAAGCAAUAAAAUAAAAGGGCUGUAUCAAAUAAUUAAACAGUGAAAACAUCUUUUGAUGAUUAGACCUACACAAUAGAUUCAGGUGAUCAAAAUAAUUUUGAAAUGAUCUUUCAAAAGCCUUGA